UCGGGGCCAUACCCGGGUGCCGCCGCUGCCCGCGCCGACACCAUGAAGGCUCAGCCCGCGGCAGCCUCCGUCCUCUGCCUGUGCCUGGUGCUGGCGGCCUGCGCCGCCUCCGCCGCGGGAGGGCUCGGAAAGGGUUUUGGAGAUCAUAUUCAUUGGAGAACGCUGGAAGAUGGGAAGAAAGAGGCAGCAGCAAGUGGUUUGCCUCUUAUGGUUAUCAUCCACAAGUCGUGGUGUGGAGCUUGCAAAGCUUUGAAGCCAAAGUUUGCUGAAUCCAAGGAGAUCUCUGAACUUGCUCAUAAUUUUGUUAUGGUCAACCUUGAGGAUGAUGAAGAGCCAAAGGAUGAAGCCUUUAGUCCUGAUGGAGGUUAUAUUCCCAGAAUCCUUUUCAUGGACCCCAGUGGAAAAGUCCAUCCAGAAAUCAUAAAUGAGAGAGGAAACCCCAGCUACAAGUAUUUCUAUACCAACGCUGAUCAAGUUGUCCAAGGGAUGAAGGAGGCCCAGGAGAAGCUGACAGGCGAUGCUUUCAAACAAAAGCACCUGGGAGAUGAACUAUAAUGAAUACACUGAAUGAUUCCUUUUCAUCGCUUCAAAACUGAGAGGAAAUGAUUAAACAGACCAAGAAUGUAGAUGCACUGAAGGGACAUAAUUCCCCUGUCAGCAAUGUUAGGUUAAAAACCCUGUUUGGAGUACACACACACACACACACACACACACACACACACACACACACAACAGUUACAGUGUUUUAUCUGCCUGGCAGUUUGCACUGUGGUGGUUCUUUGCAACUGGGUAAUGUGCAAACACAUCUCUGUGUGUGUUUGAGAAACCUCUAAUAUUUGGUGUUAAAAGGGAGGUGUGUAGGGAACACAGUAUUUGAGGACAAUGUGAUGGGAAAAACUAGAAGUAGCCAUCAUUUUGACACUAAUCAGGGUUGAAUCUCUCUUUUCUCACUGGUAUUAUGUGAUCCCAUAGUUUUUACUGGGCAUUCCCAUCACUGGGGCAUGUUCUUGGGCCAGUUGUUUUCUAGAUAUCCAAAACCAUGAAUUCUGCCACUACACCAAGUAGAAUACAUUUCAUGAAUGUCCAAAUAGCAUGUGAAUUAUCAGCUCUGCAAAUGUAUUAUUGUGUAAAACUGUGUGAUUCAUCUUUAUUUGCCUUUGGGCAGAAAUUUAACUUUUUCCUUAUGCACUCACCUUUUGAUUGUUCCAUCAAGUGAGGGUGGGUUAUGUUGAAGCUUUACGGGGUUUCCCCUUUUAUUCUUUGAAUGUUUUUGGCGAAUGCCUUGCCAUCACAUUGUACUGUAAUUUUGUACCAGGGUGAAAAAAUUAAACCUUUUUAAACAUAA